GUCCGAGUCCUGCGCAUGCGUUCUAGCAUGUAAAUAACAGCAACCGCGGUGGUUUGUUUGGUGUCGCACAGACUCAUUAAAUUGACGAAUAACCGGCUUAUAUUUACAGAGAACGUUAUUAUAUCUGUUACGUUCAUGAAAAUACGUCUAGAAGAAGAAUAGAGCGUCAUAUUUGUAGAACAGAACGUGUGAAUUUUCAGCUAGUGAAGUGUCAGUUAGCAUACAGCUAUGAUAGAGACUAGCCGGAUGAGUUUAGGUUUGAUACAUUUAUUACUGUAGAAUUAAAUAAUUACGAUUUCCACUUACUUUCUAACUUUUGAUUAAUAGUUAGCGAUUCAUAAAAGCGUUUUCAGUCGGACGGGUAUGAGAAUAUUUCGUGUGUUAUGCUGUUAGCAGAGAUGUGUUGAUGUGUUUAGUGUAGCAUGACACAGCAGGCAGUUGAUCAGUGUAACGCAGCUGAUCCAGUAGCGAAUGCUGCUCAAUAAAACACUCAAACAUUCAAGACCUUUAUCAUCUGCUGUGGGAUUCACGGAAAUGCUAACAGAAAACAGGAAACGUCAGCGUGCUGAAGGGGAUGAUGAAGAUGGUCAGAUGCCUCAGGCCAAACGACUGAGUUCAGCCCUUCAGAGCUCUGAGACGGGUAGAGAAUCAUGGGAGUCUGAGUCUUCCAGUAGCGAGAGCAGUUGGAUCAGCAGUCCAGAUCACGCCGCAGGGAGCAGCAGCAGUAGCCAUUAUGGAGUGGACGUUAUCGGGCCCCCCAACGGCCUCGGGCCCUGCAGUCCCCACAGUGCCUCUAAGCAGUCAGACCCCGUGGACCUGCUGUCCUACCAGCAAAUCAACCGUGUCCUGAGGGAAGCCCAUUUCCACAGCUUACAGAGCCGAGCUCAGUCCAAGCACAGGUGACUUUCAGGGACAAGACAAAGCCCGUAGCGACCCCUAGAAGACAGGGUAAAACUUCUUCACCUCCAUCCUCAUUCAAACCUGCUCCUACUUUCUAGAUCUCUCUGCUAGAGCUCAUCUUAAGUUGAUAUUUCAUUGGAUGGAAAACAUGCCCUGGUACUGUAAGCUCUUCGACUAACUAGAGCACAAAAGUGUUCAUUGUAAGCAAUAACGGCUUGACUAUGAUGCAAACUUUUGUGACUUUCACACUGUGUAUUUUUCUUCUGAAAACAGCUGUACUGAGAAUAAAGAUACAGGGGAUUUGCACUUGGGAAUUUAUGUUGAUCAGAUAUUGAUGUGGACCAUAUAGCAA